AUGAAAAAUCUUGUGCAUAAGAAACACACUAGAUCCCUACCCAUCAUUGCUCAUUAUAGUAUAAACUUGUUUCGAAAAGGGAGGAUUUUACAUUACGUUAAAUAUUUUAACAGCAUACAGUCAAAGGAUAUAAAUGGCUUCAUAACACAAGAGAAAGAAGCAGAGGAUCCCAUAAUUUCACAAAAUAGUAAAAAAGUUAUUGAAAGAUAUAAAAAUUUUAUAGAUGAAAAAAGGAGGAGUAAUAAACAAAACAGCAGCACAUAUUUUACAGACAAAGGGGAAUUGCACAAUGAGAUAAGCACCGAUAGGGGCAGAAAAGUGCACAACGAGAUAGAAUCUUCCAAAGCAGAUGCUACCAUACCUACAAAGGAUGAAAAGUAUGUUAUUCUGAAAAAGCAGAUCACGAAGGAAUUCAUAUAUCAGGUAUUCCUCCCACAUGUUGAAUCACAAAUAAUGUACCAUUUAAAAACAUACACACCGAAUCAAAUAGUAAACAUUUUUAACAUUUACUCUUAUUUGUAUUACUAUGAUAAGAAAAAAGAAAUGGUAGAUGCACUUUUGGAAUAUCUGGAAUAUAGGCUUGACUGCUUUAGUGUACAAGAUAUCCUACUGAUAUUAGAACCAUUAUACAUUUUAAACAAAACAAAUAAUAUUUACAUAUAUCGUUUAAUUAUCAAUUAUUUGGAUACAAUAAAAGAGAAAUUAAACAUAUAUAAUUAUAUAGGAAUAUCGAGAGUAUUCACAAAAAUAUUAAUCGAUAUAACAUUUGAAGAAAAUGAAAAAAAAAAAAAUAAUUUUUUCAUGUCACGAUUGUGGCAUUAUUUAAAGCAAAGUAAAUUUAGAAAAAGUAUUCCUUCAGAUCAGAGAAAAAUUUCUCAUCAAGAUUUUCUUAUUCAAUUUAUGUCAACAGUUGUUAAUCAUAUCGAAGAACAGUUGCAUUUACUUUCUCCAAUCGAAUUGACUGACCUUCUGAGUGUCAUAUCGAAUUAUUCCUUUAAAAGUGGAUAUUCUCGAUAUGAUGUCCCGGGAGAACAGAACCAAGAAACAAAUAGAUCUAAUCAAAAUGAUCUAAAUAAUUCAAAACGAGCUAAGACAGAAUCUUGCAGCAAUGAUUUUUCUGCAUAUCCAAGCAGUAGUAUAUCAUCUCUGCAUGUGCAUGACUUGACUAAAGACAAUGCUUACUUCUUUAAGGAAAAUAUAAUGUCUUUCAUAAUCGCAAGUGAAAUUAAAAAAAAAUAUCAAGAAUUGAGCACAUUGCAUAAAAUAACUAAUUUUUAUAACAUGUCUAAGUUAUGCAUGUACGACGAGGAGUAUAUUAAUCUAGUCGAAAAUGACAUGAAGAAUUAUCAUUAUAUAAAUAAUAUUCAUCACAAAUAUUUGUGUCUCUUAGUGUGGUGCUUAUUCAAAUAUAAAAUAUUACAUAAACAUUUGGAAAUUUUGAGGCCAAUAAUUAUCCAAAAUAUUGCAAAUUUUAAUGGUAAAGAUUUAUCAAGAUUAUGUCAUGCCAUUUUUAACGAAAAAAAAAUUCUGAACAGUGUAGCAAACAAUUUAAUCAGUCAAAUUGCAAACAUGUCCGUUAAUGAAUUUUUAUGCUACUUUUAUGCAGUUGUUUGUCUAGAUUUAUUACCCUAUGAUGUCAAAUCAUCAUCGAGUGAAUCCUACCAAAAGAGUAUUCAAAAUGGACCUCAAUGUAUGGAGGCAAAUACAUCUAAUGAAGAGAAAAAUUUGUCAUUGCAAAAAUUACGCAAUCGAGUGGAAACGCAAAAAGAGAUGACAUUAUCCCUCUUUAAUAAAAGUGAGAUAUUACAAAAGUGCACAAAGUUUAUUAACGACAAUAAAAAAGAUAUAGGCAAGAACGAAAUGACGAAAAUUAUCCUUCUUCUAAAAAAAAAAAAAAAUGACAAAUAUUUUUACGUAUUGGACAUGCUACCUGACGAAUGGAAGAAUAUCGUUCAUUUGGUUAAUUGA